AUGGACGACUUUGCGGCAUACCGGAAUCAGAGCCGUCAAGCUGAGCCGCCACAGCGCGAUGCUCGAGCUGGUGAUAGCGACUUCGAUUCUCUUUUUGAGGACGACAACCCAGGCCAGAUUUACACAUCCGCGCCCAAAGAGGCGUUCAAGCUUGGGUACUUUGAUGUGAUGUGUCUGGUGCUCAAUCGAAUGAUUGGCGUUCACGUCUACAUAGAGUACGGCCUGAAUGUUCCUCGUUACACCAUCAAUGGCAUUGAACAGAGUGUCCCACGCAGUGGCGGAGAUCUCAACUACCUCCAAUAUGUCUACCGAAAGCCCGCGUACAGAAAAGGCACCGUGCUUCUGAGUACCUGCAUGUUCGGCUUCUGCUUUAUAGCACUUGGCAACAUGGCAGGUAACUGCAUCAACUUUGCUACCAUGGUGCUUUCGGCGUCGGGAAACGAUGACCCAUCUUCUGGUGCCGUCAGAGGUAUCGCCAUCGGCAUCGCGAUCCUCACUUGUUUUAUUCAUACGUUCUCCCGAAGAGGAGGCAUUUUUCUCAACAACAUGUUGGCCAUAAUCAAAGUCAUGAUGCUUCUUCUUAUCAUCGUGACAGCUAUUAUUGUUGGAGCCGGGGGUCUAAAGAAUGCCGAUGGUAAACCAGUCACAAAAGAGAUCGAGAACAACACUCGGCCCUCCAGCGCCUUCGCCGAGUCUGGUGAUGCGAAUGGAUAUGCUCAUGCUUUCCUUGCCAUCAUCUUCAGUUUCUCGGGCUUUGAACAGCCAAACUAUGUCAUGGGGGAGAUCAGUAGACCAAGACGGAAACACCCAGUCGCCAUGCUGCUUGGUGUCGGUACGGCUAUUUUGCUUUAUAUGGCUGUCAAUAUCUCCUAUAUGGUUGUGGUUCCAAGCGAUGAUCAAAUAUACGACAACGUAGCACAAAGGUUCUUUGAGCUCACCCUCGGUAGCUUGAAUAACAGCGGAACCGGAAAGCGCAUAUUUCAUGCAUUUUUGGCUAUAUCAAGCAUGGGAAACAUUAUCGUCAUGACUUAUACCGCUGCCCGCGUCAAGCAAGAAAUUGCAAAGGAGGGCAUCAUUCCUUAUGCAAAGUUCUUUGCCCAGGAUGGUGACAUCUCACUGGGACGCCUUCUGAAUUGGUUCAAGAAGAGAGGAAUGUUCAGUUCACUUCUGAGUACACGUUGGCUUUCGCCUGAAGAUCAUAUGGAGAGAACACCCGUGGGCGCCUUUGUUCUGCACCUUGCCUCAUGUUUUGUUCUGAUCUUUGCGACUUGGUCCAUGGACCCAAAAAGCUCUUACACAUUACUCACAAGCUUGAGUGCAUAUGUCAUCAACGCUUUUUUCGGGACCUUUCUAGGAUUAGGAAUCCUGAUACUGCGCUUCAAAGGACCUCCCAAGACUGACAAAGAUGAGAUACAAAGCCCAGCAGCGCCUCCACAGACUUGGCGCCAGAUGACAGGGAAGCACAUAAACCCCACACUAAGCGUUAUCUGCGCUGUUAUUUAUAUCAUUGGUGGUCUAUGGCCCAUCGUUACCAUUUGGAUCAAACCCAAUGAGCCCGAUCAAAGACCCGGAAAACCCGACGAACAAAGACUUACGUGGUGGCUUGUGCCCACUAUCACAUGGUCUGUCAUCGGUGGCAGCGUAUUCUGGUUUCUCGGGUUUAUUGCUUUCGCAAUGCGCAGAAAGCACAAAAGAAACGAGAUCUUUGUGGUUGAGAAGAAGCCCGAGUUUGAGAGCGCUGAUGGACCCGACGACUCAGAUGGGAGGACAGGCGGGUAUGUGCUUGUGCACGAGACAGUCUAUUUGAGCUGGAUUGCGGGCGAGAUCCACGAGUCAAAAGGAUCAGGAACGACAGGGUUUCAGGAGCGUCCAGAUGCAAUGUCUGCUGCUCCAGUUAAUCGAUAUGCUGGGACUGACUUUGAAGCCUUCUACCAGGAAGAACGUGUUGCUGCACCGACAAAAGCAUACUACUCAGACUAUCGACCAUAA